AGCUUGCCGACACACAGUGAGCAAGCAGGGAGGACUUCCUGUCGUCCCGGAGAGGAUCUGCGGCAUCAGCCCAGGGGGCAACGUUGGGAAAAGCCACCUGACCGAGGGAGCCGUCUACGCGUGCGAUGGAAGCCGAGACCACAGUGCCCCCCGCAGCCCCUGAGCCCCUCUGCCCGGGUUGCCAGGCGGGUGACUCAGCCCUGCUGCCCUGCGGGCACCGGCUGUGCACGAACUGCCUGCAGCAGUGCCAGCGGGAGGUGGGCGCUCCGGGCUGCACCGUGUGCUAUGGCCGCCAGCUGCUGGACGGCGUGCUGCACCGCCUGCUGGACUCCCUGUUCGAGGGCCAGCCACGGCGAGAGGCCACCACCGGGGGGCCCCGCAGGCUCUGCGCCCGCCACGGAGAGGAGCUCACCCUCUUCUGUGUGGAUGAUGAGGAGCUGGUGUGCACCUCCUGCCAGGAGAAUGAGCACGAAGAGCACCAGUGCUGCCCUCUAGAGGAGGCUGUGCACGACUGCAAGAGGGAGCUCAGGGUCGCAGUGAAGCCCCUGCAGGAGAAGCUGGAGGACUUCACUGCAGCCAAGCAGAGCUGCGAGGAGCUGGCGGAGCACAUCAAGGACCAGGCCCAGCAGAGCGAGCGGCUCAUAAAGGACGAGUUCAAGAAGCUCCACAGGUUCCUGAGGGAUGAGGAGGCGGCCAUGUUAGCAGCUCUCAAGGAGGAAGAGGAGCAGAGGAGUCAGACGACAAAGGACAAGAUGGAGAAGUUGGCCGGAGACUUACGGUCUCUGACAGACGACAUUCAACUGGUGGAAGAGCAGCUGGCUGCUGAUGACAUCACUUUCCUCCAGAACUUCAAGGCAACCAUCCAACGAGCACAGCGCCCCCUACAGGAGCCAAUAACUGACUUUGGUGGCCUGAUUGAUGUACCUAAACACGUAGGGAACCUAAAGUAUAGGGUUUGGGAGAAGAUGCAGGACCUGGUCCAGUACACCCCUGUAACACUGAACCCCAACACGGCAGACAUCUGCCUCUCCGUGUCCGAUGACCUGACGUCUGUGAGGUACCUGGACGAGGACCAGCACCUUCCCGACAACCCAGAGCGGUUCCGGUCCUGUGAGUGUGUGCUGGGCUCCGAGGCUUUUGACUCGGGGCAGCACGUCUGGGACGUGGAGGUGGGGGACAACUCGGAAUGGGCCCUGGGCGUGGCCCGGGAGAGCAUCCAGAGGAAGGAGUGGUUCCCUCCAAACCCAGAGCGGGGUUUGUGGAGCAUUGGCCUGUCGGCGGGAGAGUUCCGGGCAAGGGCCCCUAUCGCCACACCCCUGGUGCUGAAGAAGAAGCCUCAGAGGGUCCGGGUGCAGUUGGACUGGGACCGCGGCCGACUUACCUUUUCCGAUGCCAUUGACAACACUCUCCUCUACAAGUUCAAACACAAGUUUGCUGAGAAGGUCUUCCCAUACUUCUCCAGCUCCUGCAAGCGCCACCCGCUGCGAAUCCUACCAGAGAAGGUGUGGGUCACAGUGGACUAGCGGCAAUGCACUACUGAGUUACAGAGGAAACCAGAUGCUAGCGACACACUGCUAGCACCCUCUGUUGACAUAAUCUUGUCAACGUCUAAAAAGAACCAAAGUCUAAUCAGGACUAAUCAUCAUAUAUUUCGAGUUUUCAUUUGAAGGUGACACACAGCACAUCCUAAUCUGAAAGGCAAAGCUUCUCCCUUGUAGGGGUGAGUUUUGUGAACCCCAAGCUCAUAGCUAGUCUCCAGGUUAAAGGAGGCAAUCAUCAAAUGCUUAAGGUGAACAGUAUCUUUCUGGAGCCAGACCGAACUACCACUAGUAGAAGGUUCUCCAGAAUGUCUGCAGAAAGCCUUUGACCGCACUUCGUAAUCUCUGUGUGACUAUACCGAGUGCCUGUCCCUUUAAUGAUUUCAUUUUUAUUUUUAGGGUUCGUUUUCUCUUUCAGAUCUUGCUUACAUCUGACGCAAUUGCCGCUACUCUACAAAUGAGCGUUUAAGUAUUUUCGUAUUAUGUAGGGUAAACCUUAGGCAGAACUUCAUCACAGCAGGUUUUGUGAAACGCUUGCCUUUCGCUGUUUUUCAAUUAGUUUAUGUUCGAUUGUGGAUUUGUUCAGAUUUGUGAUUUUUUUUUGAAUUUGCUCAAAUAUGAAGUGUGUCGCUACUUUCUUUCCCGCGCCGCCCCUGAGGUUUAUAAGAAGCAGCAUUUAAUAAAAGCUUUACGCAACGCCUCCGACUUUAAUCCGUUUUAAUGCUCAUGGCAUCCACCCCCGCCGCCCGGGCACCUGCCCUCGCUCGUCUUCCUCAUGUCACCCCGGGACUCAGGUUACACUCGGCCCGGAGCAGCCGCUUCAGUAUCAGAUCCCACCACCCGAACGGCCGCAUUCGCCGCGUUCAGCGGACGGUGGCUCGGCCGCUCAGGCGCGUUGCCGCGCAGUGACGCAAUGCGCGUUCCUGCGUCCCGCUUCUCUCUUUACGGACCUGCUCCCCUCAUCACGCCCCCGCUUUUUACAUUAGAUUUUUUUGUCACUUAAGCUUUUAAUGCUGCCAAUGCAAACUCUCACGUCGAUCACUGCAUAUUGUUUUAUUUUACGUAUAUUUAUGUGAUAAUCCAGUUUAUUCCAUUCGGCCUGUGUCCCCAACAGCUUAAAUACUUCAUACUUAAAUAGCCCACUUGCAUUACCGAAAGGUCGCGUUAUUCUUAGAAAGAGUGUUUCUGGAUUUGUAACUGAUGACAGUAUAGUUAAUGGAUAUAGAUUAGGAUAAACAAGGCAUUAAUUUAGCGCAAGAUUCACAAACUUUCAGUGCAGUAUCCUUCAGGCGCUUACAGCUUCUGACUAAGACUUCGCUGAAGUCACUCCCUCUUUCUGACUUUCAGUACUCCUCGGGAAAUGUUAGUGCGACAUAUUGAAAAUUAACAAAAAGUACUAAAACAAAAUCAUUUGUAAUAAUACAAUUAAUGUCAUAUUGUAGAAGACCUUACAAUGAAAAAUGUGCAAAUGUAAACAAUCAUCUUAAAUAUAAAUUAUACGCUCUAUGAUAAUAUUAUGAUAACGUAAUAUUUGAUUUACUAUUUAUUUAAUGAAUAUUCAUAUUAAUUUAACGUUUAAUACCGUUCAAGCAAUAAUUCACGUUAUGAGAAUUUGUUUCAUCUCUUCUGAAGUGCUUCCACCUUUUUAAUAAAGGCGUGAGUAGAAUCUA